AUCGGCUGGAGAGGGAUGGAAAAGUUUGUACAUCUCAUCUUCCUGGUCUCCUUCUCAGAAGCAUCUGCAACUGAGAAGGUUGAACUGGUACAUGGCAUUGAAGGGAAGUCCAUCUCCAUUAACUGCACCUACAACCCCAAGGAGAAUCAGUGGAGACAGAAGAGUUGGUGCAAGCAUACCAGUGAGAGGGAAUGUCAGCAUAUUGUCAGUGCCCGUCGUUUCUGGAUGCCCUUCCUCAAGAAGAGGAAUGGUAGCACUGCCAUUGCUGACAACAUCCAGGAUGGGAUCCUCACAGUGACUAUUAAUCCACUCCAGAAGAAGGAUGCUGGUGUCUAUCAGUGCAAGUCAGAAUUCUUGGGAAGUGUAGACACCCUGCAGACAGUGGAACUGAACGUUCUGGCAGGCCUCUGGGAGACCGAGACACCGGAGGAGCCCAGAGUAGCGCACAGUGUCUCCAGCACUCCAUCAUCUGCUGAAGUCAAGCUCUACUUCCUUGUGGCUGGAUUCCUGGGUUUCAAACUCCUGGUUGCUGUAGUCAUCUUAAUGAUUGCCAGGAGCAAGAAGAGCAGAGCAACGGGGGUUGAAAGAAGAAGAGAAAUGGGCACCUGUUCCUUCCAUAUGACCUCAUAA